UGGGGCUUUCAAGUCUUCUUCCUGUGCUGAGCUCAUAGGUGGGAGAACUAUACAUGUACACAAUGCAUAACCGCAGAGCUUCACAGUUUAGUAGCCUAUAGGAAAUAGUCCUCCUCACAUGAUUCAACAUUAGGGUGAUAUGCUAGAGCAGGUCAUGUGGAUCAAUACAUAAGUAAAACCAUGAAGACCAGCUGGUAUUUCAUUUGGAUAUUCAUUCUCACCCUGAUGAUCAGCACUGAACUGUCUCUCCAGCCCGUCAGGAGGUGAUGUACAUAAAGGGCUCAGAGGGGCAGUCAGUGGAUCUCUCCUGUACACCUCAGCAGACAGGUGGAGCCCCUGUCAGUCUCUACCUGACCCACAGGUGUGUCCGGCCUGAGAGGGAGGUGCUGUUCAUGGCCAAGGACCGGAGUCCCGGGACGGUGAGGGUUAACCGGCUGUACAAAGAUCGUCUGAAGGUCACAGGCGGAUUGAACUCUGACCUGCUCAACGUGACCAUAGCCCAUCUACAGCGCACAGACACAGGCCUGUACAUCUGUGAGUUUGUCUACACAGCUGACCCCUCUGACCGAACAGGCUCCGGCAGUCUGGAAUACUUCCUGUUUGUUGAAGGGACAGAGAGUGUGUGUCAGUGCUCCAGCUACCCCCCACUGAUCUACACCAUCUCUGCAGCAGCUGGCCUGCUUCUCCUCGUCCUCAUCUGCCUGUGUGCAGUAGAGUGUGCUAAGCUGAGAAAACGUCAUAAAACACAAGCCCCCGUCCCCAUCUAUGAGGAAAUGAACAGUGGGUGUCGAGGAGCUGGAAGUGCCCAAAAUAACCAUCCCGUGCCUACACACCUGGAGGAAACAGAGUCCCCUGUGUACGCCAACCCCCAGGCCAGACAAGCACAGGAGAACCACUACGCCAGCCCCCGACAGAUCACUCUGAAGCCCUGAGUGAACCACAGAGGGUGGUGUCAUGCCCCCCUAAUGUUUUUUAAAGGGGGAGUGGAUGGCAGAAAUAACAGUACGAGUUCCAGAUGUAGAUAUACAUGUUCUAACCCACUCUGACAGGUGGUGGGAAAGAGUUUGACUGUCAUCAUUGCUUUUUCAAGUGUGCAAGAUCGUAAACUAUUGGUCCCACCUCACCUCUCUUUUCUACAGUGUCAAGGAGUCGCCCACCUACAGGAUGAGAAUGGAAAAGACAGAGCUAGUACAUAGGUCACUGUGCCUGUAUAGGUGUACUAGUGGUGAUGCCCUCAGAACAGGAUCUAAUAGGGAAAACUCCAAUCUGCAAACUAAUUGACAAACACCAACAUCAAGAACUGACCACAACACCCUUUAACAGACCAGAAAAAAACUGCAAUUUUAUUAAUAGAUGAAAGAAGCUCCAUAGUUCAUGAAAACAUUGUUUUCGGUGCAUGUCAUUUAACAAUCACAUUCUAUGAGGAGAAAGAGAUACAUUGAGAAAAUAAAUCAUUACAAGCCAA